AUGGCUGCUGUUAAUCUGUUGAGGAUACCAAAUAUUACUAACUGGCUGAAUUUUAGUUUUCAAAAGAUCAAAAAUGAAAUCGAAGCCAUGUUUAGUGUACAACAGACGGCCAUAAUAGAAGCGUUAGAUACAAAACAUACCGGCUUGCUGGACAACAUACGCUCUAUUGUCUCCAAUCAUACGACAACGUUGCAGGACAUAGAAAAGGCUUGUACAACAAGCACUAUACCAUUGAAUAAAUCUAAAAUGUCUACAGCUUUAAGUGACGUAUUGAAAACAAAUUUAUCAACCAAUGCCACAAAUAAAACUUCAACUACAAAUUCAUGGGCAGACGUCGAUGGCUUUCAACUUGUUCAGAAAGUCAAGAAAAAAGAAAAUAAUCAUCCAGGCAACCCCGCGGUAGAUCAAAACCCAUUAGUCGAGUCUACGGCAUUUAAAAUAAUACUGCCAAUCAGCCAGUUAUUCAAAUUCACCAAUCCUGAUAUAUGGCCACAAUACACAUUUUUGCGCGAAUGGGAUUUUUCACUGACGAGUCACAGAAGAACAGCAGAAGAUAAAGUUGUCCAAUCCAAAAUCGAGAAUCAUGGUGGCGCCAAAUAA